UUUUCCGUCUUCUUCCACCUCGCAUUUCUUUCCCAUUACCAUGAUCAUUAUGAUAUCCAUCUGUAUCCGUCUAUAUCCAUUUCGUUUCCAUAUAUUAUUUCCAUAAACAUGUCCAUAUAUGUCCCAUAUAUGUCCAUAUAUAACCCAUAAUAUUCAUUUUAUAUCCACAUAUCCAUAUAUCCAUAUAUCCAUUUAUAUAAUUCCCCAUAAAAAUAAACUCAUCUACCCCAUUUCCUCACACCGAACUUCAUCUUGAACUUCUUGCAUUACUUCGUACAAUGAAUUAAGUAUAUAGAGCUCUGAUAAUCCCGCUCCUUCGAUUCCUUUUUAAUUUGAUUCAUGUAAGUUUGCUUCGGACAGUCUUUCAAUCGUUCAAUCUUUCAAUCAUCCAAUCUUUCAAGUAUAAAGUAUUGAUUCCAACUCCUCGUUCGUUGCUCAUUACUUUCCCUCACUUUGUUUCGUGUUUCGAGUGUCUGGUGUUACGAUACGAGGAUAUACAAAGGAAGAAGAUCCAUAGUGAAGUCAAAGUUCAUUCUCGAAUUCACUCAUUUCUACAUCGAAAGAAAACGCAUCCGCGACUUGGCAAGACUCAAUCAAGAAUCAUAAUACAACAUAAUCGACUCUUUUCAGCAAGCCAAAGAAAGUCCAUUCAAACGUGCAUUACAUUACAUUGCAUUGCAUGAAGAAGGGGAAGGCAAGGCAAGGCAAGGCAAGGCAAAGGAUUCUUCUAUAAUCGAACAACCACCUGGGCAUUCAUUCUCAUUCAGACCAAGAAAGGGUGAUUGGAAAAUCGAACAUUGGAAUCACCUCAUCAGAAGGAUUUAUAUCUGCAUACAAACCUUGAUGCGACUUCCUACAUUACUUUAUACAUUCCUCAAACCUACAUUUUCCAAUACAUGCCAACAACUUCCUUCGAUCUCUCGCUCUCACUUCAGAACUACAUAACCAACCUCCCUCUCGGUUACAAUACAAAUAUAAUACAUCAGUCUUUAUUAUAAUUCUUCAAUUAUGAAUCCAACAAUGUCUCCACCACUUUCAAUGUCUUCGCGCAAAAGAUCCUCAUCCAUAUCAUCAUUCGAUUCUUUUGAUUCGGAUUUCUUCGAACAAACUUAUGUCCCACUCUCAAAUCUACCAACCCCACCUCUCUCCUCUCAUUCCUAUGAUACCACGGCAGCUCAAUCACCAAUAUCUCUUUUCAGCUCCGAUGAAAUCCUUGAUCCAGACUAUUUGGGUCCUGCAAUCCAUCUCACAAAUCUAAUCCCCUCCUCCACUUCUCUAACCGAUCCCUCCACUCAACUAGUGCACGCCAUAUUAACCCGCGCCGAUCUACCCAUCGAAAUCCUCGCCCUCGCAGUCUGCAUCCUCGAUUCCCUUAAUUCUAGAUUUGCUCGCUCGUGGCGAAUUUCAUAUCCCCUCGAAUCAUCCGAAGAUCAAUUACUCGAACAAUAUGAUUUCCCCAGUCCACAAUGUGCAGAAGAACAACACAUCGAUUCUACACAUCCCGAAGUGAUCGUUCUCGCAGCCCUCAUAUUGGCGAUGAAUUUAAUAGAUGAUCAACAAGGAACCACCCUUUACCAUGCGCAGAAAUGGGCAAGAGGAUUGUGGAGUUGUGAUCAGAUUAACUUCACGCAGAGAGCGAUUAUGGAAAAUUUGAAUUAUAGAUUACUACCACUUUGGAAAGAGGAAUUAUUGAGAAGCGAAGAUGAGUAUGGCGAGAGCGGCAAAGAGACAAUCGUCACAAUCAUAUUUGGGAAAGCUUGCAAGGGAAUUGAAGGAGAAAAUACACCACAACCGACACCAGUUGAAAUACCAUUUUGUGAAGAUUUGGUCAUGGGAAUCGGAAGUGAACGACCGCUGGGAGGUACAUCGAUGUUAAGUCGAGAAACAAAAAUAGCAUUUGGGGGAGUAUUGGGUGGAGAGUAUCAGGAUGUGGAUAUGGAUAUUGAUUUGGAGAGUUUUCCGACAUACGUGGAUUCUUUAAUGGUUCAUGAUGAACAUAUGAAUUUUGUAUGA